UGGCCCAAGAGGCGGGUGUUGCCAAGCGGCUUAGUGCAGAAGAAAAGAACAACCUAGCCAUGGCUCCAUCGACUACCGCCGCCGCCGCGCUUGCAGCCGCAGGUUGCGCGGCCUUUGUGUUGCCCACCGCGCCUUCCCAGCGCCAAGCGCUGCGCAGCGGGCGGCAGACGCAGGUGCCGGUCCAAACCGGAGCCGGUGCUGGAAGCUCUCUGGCGGUCGGGGCGGGCGCUUGCGCGCUCGCGGUCGCGUCGCGGAAGACCGUCGUGAAGGCCUUCGAGGGCGAGCUAGGCGUGCAAGCGCCGGUGGGCUUUUGGGACCCCGCCGGGUUCACCGCGGACGGAGAUGCCAAGGACUUCUACCGCCGUCGAGUGGUGGAGAUCAAGCACGGGCGAGUGGCAAUGCUGGCAUGCACCGGCUACAUCGUGCAGGAGUUCCUGCGCUUCCCAGGUUCCCUGUCACCCUCGAGCGACCUGAAGUUCGCGGAUCUCCCCAACGGCUUGGCCGCGGUCACGAAGGUGCCGGCCGUUGGCUGGUUCCAGUACACCAUCUUCUGCGGCAUUUGCGACCUCUGGCUCAUGCACCAGGUGCCUUCCAACCCCCCGGGCAAGCUGCAGACGCGGCUCUUCGGGGAGAGCACCACCAACUAUGAGUACGGCUUCCUGGGCCUCCCCGGAUACUUGGGGGGCAAGGCCAUCACUGAUGAGGAGACCAAGAAGAAGAAGCUGAACGCGGAGCUUGCCAACGGACGUUUGGCGAUGAUGGCCAUCAUCGGCAUGUUCUUCCAGGACGGGCUCACUGGCUCCGCCUGGGGCGACUGGGCCAAUUACACCGACUCCCCGCUGCGUGCCUUUGAGAAGGAGCUGGGCGUGCAAGCCCCUGUGGGUUUUUGGGACCCGCUGGGUUUCACCGCCGGCGGGGAUGCCGCCUCCUUCCGGCGCCGGCGCUACGUUGAGCUGAAGCACGGCCGCGUGAGCAUGCUGGCUUGCAUGGGGUACAUUGUGCCUGAGUACUUCCGCUGGCCUGGGGAUCUCUCCCCAUCCUUGGGCCUCAAGUUCUCGGACGUGCCCACAGGCUUCGCGGCCUUCUCCAAGGUGCCGCUGAGCGGCUGGGGGCAGAUGGUGGCCUUCGCCGGCUCCGUGGAGCUCUUCCAAUACGUGGACGACCCCAAGCGCGCCCCGGGGGACUUCGAGAACGCGGGCUUCCUGGGAGUGCCCAACGGCUUCCUCAAGGUACUUCUGCGCCGGGCGAAGGUUGGCAUGGCACCAGAAGGUGCGCUGGUGAUUAUGUGUCCGCGUCACUUGGUGGACGAGGCCGGACGCUCCACGCUCGCGACUGGCUUGGAGAAGGAGAAGAAGCUUGCCGCGGAAAUCGCCAACGGAAGGCUGGCGAUGAUGGCGAUCAUCGGCAUGUUCUUCCAGAACGGGCUCACGGGGUCUGCCUGGGGGGACUGGGCCCUCUACACGGACUCCCCGCUGCGCGCGUUGACCCCGGCGCAGGAGUGCAUCGCCGGCACCGGCGGCCCCUUCCCGGAGAACUAUUGGGACCCGGCAGGCAUCACCAGCAAGAAGAGCGAGGAGGAGAUCAAGGAGUUGCGCGCCAUUGAGCUGAAGCACGGGCGCGUGGCCAUGCUGGCGGUGCUGGGCUGGUUCCACGUGGCCGGGGGCUUCCACAUCAUCGGGGACUUGGCCACCGGCACGUACCUGGACAACAACCCCCUGGUCAGCAUCACCCAGCUUCCCAUGGGAGGCAUGUGGCAGACGGUCUUCUUCAUCAUGUGCCUGGAGUGGGUGUCGACCUACGUGUGCCCGCCCCCCAAGAGCAAGCCUUGGGACGUCCUGGGCUGGUCGGACAUCCUCCUGGAGGAUGAGGACAACUAUUGGAACCAGUUCCGGAAGGCCGAAGUGCAGGAGCUGAACAACGGCAGAUUGGCCAUGAUGGCCAUCGUGGGUCUCAUCACUCAGGAUCUGCUCUUCGGAGACUUCGGUGAGGUGAAGGUGUGCUUUGGCUCCCAGGUCUGCCAGGACAUCGGUGACUACCUGCCUGGCUGGACGGGGCCCUUGCCCCCGGUGGCCUACGACUUCCCGCCGCUCUACCCGGCGCCGGAGGUGCCCUACACCGGGUACCAGGCCCCGCUGAAGCUGCUCUGAGCCGCAAACGGCCCCGCUGUGUUUAUGGAGCCAAGAGAUGUCGGCGAUUUCUGACUCGACUCGGCGGUUUGCACCC